AAAUUGUUAAUUAGACUCCAUUUUAAGAACAUGUUCAUCAGUCAAUUUUAACAACUAUCAUGGUAGAUUUUAAUCACUUGCCUGAUGAACUUUUGAUGAAAAUUUUCCAACUCGAUUAUAAUUUAGACAACCUCAACAAUUAUUCAAAAGUUUGUUGUCGUUGGAGACCAUUGAUUUUCUCAAUUCUGCACAAAUUAAAUUGCUUAAAAGUUGAUACUCAUCUUACAAAAUAUCAUGUUGGAUUUUAUGAUAAAAUACCUUUUCCAUACCAUGGAGCGAUUGGUAAAAUUGAGAUUCUACAAUUUAUGCCCAACUUAAAGUUUCUAGUUGUCCAUGAUCUGUAUUCCCCAGCUGAUGAUAAUGGUGAAACUGGUCCCAAGUUAAGAAUGGUGAUCGAUAUUUUAACCAGUGUAAAGUCAAUUAAAGGAAUAAUUUUCGGUAAAAAUCAAAACGAGGCUUGUUUAGCUGAAUUUUGUGGUAAUGUUGAAAUGUUAUCCUUUGAACACUCUGGUGAAUUUCCUGUGAAAUACUUUGAUUUUUAUGGAUAUGGUGCAAAUUUGAAGCAGCUACAUGUAAACUAUUUCAGUUUUGAAUUGCUUGGCACUUUUGCUAAUUUUAUUCCCAAUUUGGAGAGACUUCAUUUACGUUACAUGAGAUCUUCAAGCACAUAUAAUGGACCAGUAUUAAGGAAUCUUAAAAUGUUAUCAUUGGUUAAUAUUGGAAGAUUCGGUUUCGAUGGAUUCCGAUUUAUUGAUUUUUGUCCGUCAUUGAAAAGCAUAUUCAUUUGUCUUGACAAUAUUUAUGAGUUUGACGUCUAUCAACUGGACGAAUCUUUGAAAAAUAAUCAAGUGGAGGAUUUAGUCAUGGAAACUGCUCACCACAAUUCUCACAAUAUUGAUACAAUCAAAAAAUUCUUGUCAAAGUUCCCUAAUCUAAAACAUUUUGCCUUUCGAGGUGGUCCGAAGGUAUAUGAAAUCUUACCUGAGGAGUUCGUUGAAAUGUUUCCAAAACUUGUUUUACUUGAUGUAAGAGGUGCAAAAUUCAUUGCUAGAUUUAAAGACCAUAGGACAAGAAUGGCUGAAUAUUGCAAAAAAGUGAAAAGAUCAAUCAAAUUUAUCCAAAACCAAGAAGAUUUAGAUCAUUUGCUUCCAGAUGAUCAUUUAAUAGUUAAAGAAUUAGAUUUUAUGAAAUAUUGCUUCUUCAAGAUACACUCUAAGCAUCCUAAAAUUAUGGACCCUUCUAACUGAUCAGUGGAUUCUUGAUUUUAAUCUAAGAUUAUCCAAAAGAAAUAUAUUGAUGAAUUUUCCAUCAACAAUAUGACCAGGCCAUAACAAAGGCUUUUGUGGAGCAACAAACAUCUUAAGCUGUAGACUACAACAUGGUGAAAAUUGUAUAACUAAUUGUCAUCAUCGAUAUUUAUCAAGUUGAAAUUUUUGUUAAAUAAACUAGAAUUAUCAUAAAUACAAAAAUUAAGUCAGGUUCAAUGUGGUUGACUGUUUUUCAGCUAUGACCAGUAAGCAUUUCCCGAUCAUCAAGAGCGAGUUCCGAAAGUUGAGGACGAUUUGGUGGAUGUAGUAGAUGAAUUAGCCUGGUAGUGAGCAAUGGGGUAGGGAAAGCUGAUUCUAGUUUGCGUACAAGUGAUGGAAUCGUCUAACAAUGUGAGCUAGCGUUUGAAGUAUCAUUUGGAUGAUAGGUAAAUUUGAACCUUUGACCUCUUGACCUGUUGACUUAUUAACUCGUUUUACUUUGAUAACACAAAUACCAAACAAAUAGUUACAAAUAAAACAAGAGUUUAAAAAUACAAAUAUGUAGAUCAAAUAAAGAACAAUUGAUUAAUUAUUUUUACAAUAAUGUAAAGAUAAAACAUUGAAUUAGAUAUUAAAUUGUUGAAAAAUUGAAAAGUUUCAAACAGUAGCAAACACAUAAUACACACACAUACAUUAACACAUAAUUAAUCCGAACUAAUUUUGAAGGAAAUUUUGACGAAAAUGAUGGCAAUUCAUAUUUCUAUUCCUUAUUUUAAUUCUCAUAAAGUUGGAGCACAACCAGCGGCAAUACACAUAGUCAUACAAAAUCCCUGUGCAGUACUGCAAGCGAGUACGGCAGGUGGAGCACUGGCACCAAAAGUAACACCCAUUGUGGCACCAGCAGCAGCGUAACAGGCAACAGCGGCGGCAUUACAUCCAGUUUGACAAAUACCAUAAGCUGCUGGUCCAGCUUCAAUGAAGCUGACCAACA